AUGUCCGACGCCGUGCCCAGCAGCGCGACCAUGAUGAAGGCCGAGGGUCCGCCCAAGAAGCAGGCCAAGACGGGUGCGCCCCGCGCGGCGACGCCCAAGGCGCCGAAGGCCGCGCGCGCGACCUCGGCCGGCGCCAAGAAAAAGGCAGCGCCGGCGCCCGUGAGCAUUCCGCCCAAUGGCCUCAACACCAAGCCGAGUCCGCAGCCGAGUGCGGGGCCGCCUACCUACUCCGCGCCGGGUGCGCCCAACGCGCCACCGAACGCGCCCGCGCCCAUGGCCGGCAACGUCAGCAUGCAACGCCCGGCGUACGCUGGCAUGCCGCCUGCGCAGGCGCCGACAGGGCCACACGCCAUGGGCCCGAACGCGCCGGAUCCGAACGUGCGCCGCAGCAUCAUGCACGCGCUGUUCAUGCGCUACAAGCAGCUCCACGGCAGCAACGCGGACGACGCGACGUUGCAACGCAUGGCGGCGAACCUCGAGCGCGAGAUCUUUCAGCGCGCGCCGACGCGCGACGAGUAUGCGCAGGUCGCGGCCGCCGAGAUCAAGCGCCUCGACGUGAGCCAGCAGAUGUACGGGACGCCGCCGCAGGGCCGCGAGAUGGGCUCGGGCGGCGCGACGCCGGUUGGGCAGCCCCAGCGCCCGCCCGCCCCGUACGGCGCCCCGUCGCCCGGCGGCAUGAUGGACUACCGGUCGACAUCGUCCGGCACGUACGUCCCGCCUAACACGCUCUCGUACCAAGAGUUUUGCGCGCGCAUGCAGUACCAGCCGAUCCAGAAGCUCGUCGACAUCAUGUGGAGCCAGCGCACGAUGAUUUACGAUUUGCAGCAAGAACUGUGCCACUACAAGAAGCAGCUGCAGCCGCCGCAGUCGGCCCCCAUGUACCCGCCGUCGUACCCGCCGCAGCAGCGACCGUACCACCCGAGUCCCACCACGAACGGCGAGAGCACACCAACGACGGCGACGAACUACGACCGCCGGCCGCCGCCGACGCCGCCACAGAACGCAACCGCGUAUUGGGCCAAGGUCGCCGAGCUCAAGGACGCGCAUAGCAACCACCUCAAGAAGGCGUACCAGAUCCUCUGCAUGGCGUCGCAGUCAACGGCGAGCAUGCAGUCCACCAAGGCCGAGAGCAUGAAGCAGAACAUCCAUUACGCCAUGGUCGUCCUCAACGAAACCCAAGAGACGGCGGCGCAACCCCGCGACUUCUCAGUCAUCAUGUCGGUCGAGGCGUUCAUUCGCGAGAGCAUUCUGCCGCUCAUCCGCAAGGUCCAAGAAGUCUCACAGCAAAAAGCUGGCACACCGACGCAGGCCAGUGGUCCGCCCCUGGGCCUGCCACAGCAGCAGCAGCAGCAGCAACAACAUCCGCCGCAGCAACAACAACAGCACCAACAGCAGCACCAGCAGCAGCACCAACAGCACCAACACCAGCAACAACACCAGCAACAACAGCAGCAACAGCAGUCGUUGCAGCAGUCGUUGCAGCCGCCGCCGCAACAGCAACCGCCACAGCAGCAGCCGCGAGGGCCGCCGGCGCAAGGCAAGGCGCCGGACCGAGGUCAGUUUACAAAGCAGCUUCUUGACGACAAGAAACCCAGCGCCAAGGAGAACACGAGCAACAACAUGGACGACUUUGCCGACUUUACGGGCCUCGACGACCUCGACGACCUCGACGAGAAGGACGACGCGUCGUCCUUCAACGCCAAGAAGCGUCCGCUGAGCGAGCUCUAA